AAAACAAGCGCACCCAGUCUCUCCGUCGGUGCGGCGUGUGUGGGUUGAGUUCAGAUAACACGGGGUCCGGGUCUGGCUGCGGACAGGGUGGUGUUAAGGUUGUUUAAAGUGGAGCUUUGGUGUGCUAACAAGCAGAUCGGAGGACAGAGAUGGUGUUUCUGAGUCUGUCGUGUUGGAUCAGAAACCGAGGACCCGACAGAUACUGGAAAGUACAGGAAGUCCUCAAACAUGCACGGCACUUCAGAGGCAGGAAGAACCGCUGCUACAGCCUGGCUGUCCGGGCUGUCAGGAGAGCUUUCGUCUAUGCAACUAAAGCCCGAAAGGUCAAGAAACGUAACAUCAGGACGCUCUGGAUCACACGUAUUUCAGCAGGAAGUCGAGAGCACGGCAUGAAGUAUCCCGCCCUCAUGAACCACCUCACAAAGAGCAGCGUUCAGCUCAAUCGCCGGGUGCUCAGUGACUUGGCCAUCACAGAACCUCGCUCCUUCCUCUCACUCGCAAAACUGGCUCGGGCUCGCCAGCAGGAAGGUUUCCGUGCUGCGCUGGGUGACGGCAAAGAGCCUGCGGGCGUCCUCUCUCGUGUUAUGCUGCAGUAAAGGACUCUGGAUGGAUUCCACAAUGUGUGUGUGUGUGUUUUUGUUUACGUGCACAGCCAAUUUGUGUCCAUGGACAAACCAGUAUGUCAUCUUUCCCACAUAAUCUGCAUAUUCCCUCCUGAUUACCUGUGUCAGUGUGAGACAGGAUGUGAUUAUAAAUGGCCAUAAGCUUGUCAAUAAUAUAUAUGAAGCUUUUGGACUUAUUCCUUGUGGAAGAUGGAUUAUUUUUGUUUAUGUAAAUAUAUAUUUUACCAUCUGUUGUGGUAAGACUGUCCUCUGAAUGUUUAUUUCAUUAAACAUUUUGAUACAUGA